AAACCCACUUUUAUUUUUUUAAAAUACCAAAAUCACCCUUCCCAUUUUAUCCAAAAACAAAGAACCUAGUCAGCGCUUGUUCUCUGAAGUCACUGCGUUUCUCCUCCGAUCCAUUCGUUGGUGUCGUCCUCCAUCUGCGGCGGCGGCGACGUCGUCAUCGUCAUUAGCGGCGGCGACGUCGUCGUCGUCAUUAGCGGCGUGAGCGUCCAUUGUCGUCAUCGUCCGUCGUCCUUGGUCUGCGCUGCACUGCUCUGCGCUGGUCAUGCGUCUACUCUACUCUGCUUCCCACUGGUGGUGUGUCGCUUCCGUCGUGUUCCCUCGCCGUGGAUCGCUACGCCGCUACUCGCGUCGCCACACCUCGCCGCACCUCGCCUUGUUGCCUGAAGUCGAUCUGCCAAAACAGGCUUCGCCUCAUGAUUUCUUUUGGGGUGGAGGUCGAGAUGGAAAAGGCUUAAACUAUCUUGGUCGCUUAUUGAUGAAGCUAAGAUCAGAGUUUCUUGGCGAGUCGUCAUCAUCGUGCGAACAAUUGAAGUUUUUAACACUUGUCUGAUCAAUGAGCAUGAUCAAAUUGAUCCAUUUUGAGGGUUUGGGUGAGUGCUGAUUGGACAUUACUGCAACUUUAGUUAGAAUCUAUGUAGUUAUUUUGUUGACAUCCUAGUUGAUAAUGAACUUGUCCAAGAAAGUAUCCCAAACGACGAUGUCAGCUCCUUGAUGAUAUAACCCCUGAUUUCAAGGUCGUGGGAGAAGAGUCCCAAGGUCUUAAUGACCUUUCUUUAGCAGGCUUAUCCAUACAUGAUGAGAUUGAAGGCUUGAUGUUUCAUUCUUCUAAAGGAAGUAGAUAUAUAUUCAAUGAGCAGGAAGAAUUAUCUCAGCAGCACAUUAAUGGCAAUAACUUUACUGAUAGACCAAGGUUUUUCAAUUCUAGCUUUCGGGAGGAUCCAUCUUCAGGAAGCACUUUGAACACCUCAGCAAAUUCUUGGGAUAGGCCAAUUAGGAGUGCCAACAAGCUUGUUAGCAGUGGUCAAGAGGGGUUUACUUAUGAUGAUAACUCAGGACAUGGAUUCUUAAAUGACAUCUUUGCUGAGAAUGCAAUCGUGGAUGAUACUAAUUUGAACCCUUUGGAGUUCUGAACUUGUUGGGACACCUGAUGGACUCAAGUCUGCUCUUUCAGAAUCGGUUGUUAUUAAUGUUAUUGUUGAUCUUUAUGCCGGUUCAGAGAAUGGGGGUUGUUAUUAAUGUUAUUGUUGAUCUUUAUGCCGGUUCAGAGAAUGGGAGGCUGCAACACAAGAAUUGAUUUCCA